AUGGUGAAAUCUUGCUUGGCCAUUGGAUGUGCUUCUCGCUGUUUACCAAAUUCCAGGUUAAAAGGACUGACAUUUCGCAUAUUCCCCACAGAUGAAAACGUCAAAAGAAAAUGGGUAUUAGCAAGAAAAGACCUGAUCUGGGAGCCUAAAAAAGGAGAUGUGUUGUGUUCAAGGCACUUUAAGAAAGAUUUUGACAGAAACGCUCCAAAUAUUAAACUGAAACCUGGAGUCAUACCUUCUAAUUCCCCAUCUCACUUAUAUGAGCAUAGCUACAGUGUAAUGGACAGUCCAAAGAAACUUAAACAUAAAUUAGAUCAAAUGAUCAGCGAGCUAGAGGAUACCAAGAAAAGUCUGCGGAAUGUUUUAGACGGAGAAAAACGUUUCCAAAAAUCACUGAGGAAGACAAUCAGGGAAUUAAAGGAUGAAUGUCUCAUCUGCCAAGAAACAGCAAACAGACUGGAAGUUUUCUGUCGGGAGUGA